AUGUAUCGGUUACCAUUUCAGUACUUUGCUAAUCGAAAUCUCGUGGGCGAAGAAGAAAAGGAACAACGUCGUUUCUCUGAGGUUAAUCACAUGAAAAUGCUACAGUAUCGAGUUCAAGGAAUGCAGGAUGCUAACUUCAAAUCGAAACGUUCCUUAUUCGGCAAACGUCCACAGAAAAAAUCCACUCAUCAGGGGUUGAUUAUGGCUUCGAUGGGAUCACUUGGUGUGCAUGCCGUAGAAACUGGUCUAGUAGAGUCAGAUUCAUCCGCUGAUGAAGGGCUCACGAUGAAGCGUCGACUAACCGACGAGCUUGAGCAUCCUUUGUAUACUAUUCGUGAGCGAGCUGAAUCCGAGACAUCUAAAUAG